AUGCACGACCAAAUACCAUCUACUUUGAAUUUGGUUUUCGCUAAGUCCCUGGACUUCGUGACUGACGUUUCAUGCGGUGCACCUCUAGGGUCUAGCGAUCACGCAUGCAUAUCCUUUCGAUGUGCUCUUUCAAGGCACCAAGAUACCGCUGUUGAAUUACUUCCGAAUAUUUGGCGGGCGGACUUUAGUGCAAUACGAACUAAGGCUUCAGUUCUGAACUGUGAGAUCUCGGUGGCUGACUCUGUCCAGUUAGCCUGGGAUAAAUUUAAGGCAUACCUUACGGAGGUUUCCGCACCCUAUAUUCCACUCAUUAGGAAAAGAGGGUUAAGGGCACAGCCUCCAUGGAUAGAUACCACAGGCAAGUUCCUACUCAAGAAACGGUCUAGAUGCUGGCGAACCUACCAAGCAGCUCCAUCAGCCAGUACCUAUGAUAGUUAUCGAGAGAAUAGAAAUAAAUGUAAGCAACAUCUCAGAACUGCUCGUCUCCAAUACGAGCAGGGUUUAGCGGACUCGGGCGCAGCUAAUCCCAAGAAGUUUUUUGCUUACGUUAAAAGACGCAGCGGGGCAAAACUGUCUAUACCAGCCUUAUUGCGAGCAGACGGGACCCGUGCGCAAACUGACUAUGACAAUGCUUGUACACUGAAUGAUCAGUAUACUGGGGUCUUUGCUCGGGAGACCUCUUUACCACAGGUUGAAUUGGUUUCAAGAGUUCCAGAGGAUUCUUGCCUAGCUGAAUUUAGCAUAACGGAGACUCAGGUCUUCGAGCUACUGCAAGGCAUUAAUCCCUCUAAAGCUUCCGGUCCUGAUUCAAUUCAUCCGAAGCUGUUACAUGAACUGGCCACUGAGCUGAGUGGCUCCCUCACGUGCGUAUUUUCAAUAUCGCUGGACAGCUGCAGCCUACCUUCGGAAUGGAAGGAGGCAAUCAUCUCUCCGAUUUUUAAGGGCGGUGACAGCGCUCUACCCGCGAACUACCGGCCUGUCAGUUUGACAAGCGUUGUAGUCAAGUUGUUCGAGAAGCUGAUAAGGGAUUCAGUGGAGAACCACCUGAAUCGAUUCAACCUUCUCAGUGUUGCACAACAUGGAUUCCGCAAAGGAUUUUCAUGUCAGACUAAUUUACUUGUAGCUCGUGAAAGCUGGGCCGAAGCGGUAGACAGUGGCCACGCUGUAGACGUGCUAUUCGUAGAUUUUUCGAAAGCUUUUGACACUGUUCCACACCUUCGGCUCUCACCAAAGUUGAGAUCUUACGGGAUAUCUGGUCGCGCCCUUCAAUGGGUGUCUGCCUUCCUUGAGGGGAGGGAACAGUGCGUACGGGUGGGGCGUAGCCUUUCGCUCAGGCAAGCUGUCCUUAGUGGCGUUCCGCAGGGCUCGGUAUUGGGGCCAUUGUUGUUCGCGAUCUAUGUAAAUGACUUGCCGGGAGAGCUAGGGGUGUCAUCAUUAAUGUUUGCUGACGACCUUAAGCUCUGGAAUAUUGUAGAUAUCCCGGGGGGUCCUGAGGCAAUUUAG